AAAGAAAGGUCUCCGCUGGACGGCAUAUUGUUAACACAAAACUCCCGGAGUCCUUUCCCUCGUUCUUAAAGGAGAACCGUGUGGAUAAUGUCAACCCCAAGCAGAGUCAAAAAGGACAAAGAGAUCGUAGCCGAGUAUGAAAGUCAAGUGAAAGAGAUUCGAGCUCAGCUAAUAGAGCAACAGAAAUGUCUGGAGCAGCAGACUGAGAUGAGGGUGCAGCUUCUUCAGGACCUGCAGGAUUUCUUUCGCAAAAAGGCAGAAAUAGAGACUGAGUACUCUCGUAACCUAGAAAAAUUAGCAGAAAGGUUCAUGGCAAAAACAAGGAGUACCAAGGACCAUCAACAAUACAAGAAAGACCAGAAUUUGCUAUCUCCAGUAAACUGCUGGUAUUUACUACUCAACCAAGUUAGACGGGAAAGCAAAGAUCAUGCAACUUUGAGCGACAUCUAUCUGAACAAUGUCAUCAUGCGCUUCAUGCAGAUAAGUGAAGAUUCCACCAGGAUGUUCAAGAAGAGCAAAGAGAUUGCAUUCCAGCUUCAUGAGGAUUUAAUGAGGGUUCUUAAUGAGCUUUAUACGGUCAUGAAAACAUACCAUAUGUAUCAUACAGAGAGCAUCAGUGCAGAAUGCAAGCUGAAGGAGGCUGAAAAGCAAGAAGAAAAACAAAUUGGCAGGUCAGGAGAUCCUGUUUUUCACAUUCGGCUAGAGGAAAGACACCCGAGACGGAGUUCUGUAAAGAAAAUCGAAAAAAUGAAAGAGAAACGUCAAGCAAAAUAUUCUGAAAACAAGCUGAAAUCCAUUAAAGCCAGAAAUGAAUAUCUGCUAACCCUUGAAGCAACAAAUGCUUCUGUUUUCAAGUAUUACAUUCAUGACCUUUCAGAUCUGAUUGAUUGUUGCGAUCUUGGAUAUCAUGCAAGCCUGAACAGAGCCUUAAGAACAUAUCUCUCUGCAGAAUAUAACCUUGAAACCUCUCGACAUGAGGGUCUGGACAUCAUUGAGAAUGCUGUUGACAAUUUGGAGCCACGAAGUGACAAGCAGAGAUUCAUGGAGAUGUAUCCUACAGCCUUUUGUCCUCCAAUGAGAUUUGAGUUCCAGCCCCAUAUGGGUGAUGAGGUUUCCCAGGUCAGUGCCCAGCAGCCAGUCCAAGGGGAACUCAUGCUUCGAUAUCAGCAGCUUCAGUCACGACUGGCCACAUUGAAAAUUGAAAACGAGGAGGUUAAGAAGACAACUGAGGCUACUUUACAAACGAUACAAGACAUGGUCACCAUUGAGGACUAUGAUGUUUCUGAAUGUUUCCAGCACAGCCGCUCAACUGAGUCUGUGAAGUCAACAGUUUCUGAGACCUACUUGAGCAAGCCUAGCAUUGCUAAGAGAAGAGCUAAUCAGCAGGAGACUGAACAGUUCUAUUUCAUGAAAUUCAGAGAGUACCUGGAGGGAAGUAAUCUCAUCACAAAGCUUCAAGCAAAGCAUGAUUUACUCCAGCGAACACUUGCUGAAGGUCAUAGAGCAGAAUAUAUGACCACAAGCCGAGGACGAAGGAACUCCCACACCAGACAUCAGGACUCAGGGCAACUAAUCCCACUCAUAGUAGAAAGCUGCAUCCGAUUUAUCAACUUAUAUGGUCUUCAGCACCAGGGAAUUUUCAGAGUAUCUGGCUCCCAGGUGGAAGUCAAUGAUAUUAAAAAUUCAUUUGAACGAGGUGAAAAUCCUUUGACAGAUGACCAAACCAACCAUGACAUUAACUCAGUUGCUGGCGUACUGAAGCUCUAUUUCCGAGGGCUGGAGAACCCUGUCUUUCCUAAGGAAAGAUUUAAUGAUCUUAUUUCCUGUGUCAGAAUAGAAAAUCUCUAUGAGAGAGCUCUUCACAUACGUAAACUCCUCCUGACUUUGCCCAGAUCAGUCCUUAUAGUGCUGAGAUAUCUCUUUGCCUUCCUUAAUCACCUUUCACAGUACAGCGAUGAAAAUAUGAUGGAUCCUUAUAAUCUGGCCAUUUGUUUUGGCCCAACAUUGAUGCCUGUUCCAGACAUACAAGAACAAGUUUCAUGCCAAGCUCACGUGAAUGAAAUAAUCAAAACAAUCAUUAUUCACCAUGAGACCAUUUUCCCAGAUACUAAGGAGCUUGAUGGCCCAGUUUAUGAAAAAUGUAUGGCUGGUGAUGACUACUGUGAUAGCCCUUAUAGUGAACAUGGUACCUUGGAAGAAGUCGACCUGGACGCUGGUACAGAGCCCCACACCAGUGAAGAUGAAUGUGAACCAAUAGAAGCUAUUGCCAAGUUUGACUAUGUUGGAAGAUCUGCCCGAGAACUCUCUUUUAAAAAAGGAGCCUCCCUGCUUUUAUAUCAUCGAGCAUCCGAUGACUGGUGGGAAGGAAGACAUAAUGGAAUUGAUGGCCUUGUACCUCACCAAUACAUAGUGGUUCAAGAUAUGGAUGAUACCUUCUCAGAUACACUGAGCCAAAAAGCAGAUAGUGAAGCCAGCAGUGGGCCAGUAACAGAGGACAAAUCUUCAUCUAAGGAUAUGAAUUCACCAACAGAUCGUCAUCCUGAUAUUUAUUUAGGAAGGCAACGCAAGAGGUCUGAACUCCCGCUUCCUGGCAGACGUCCUGGCAGGACCAGUGACGGACACUGUCCCGUUCAUCCACCACACAGCCUUGCCCAUUCAUCACUGGAGUUAGGUUCCCCCAGUAUGGCAAGCCACAACACGUCUCGAGCUGUCCUUCAAAACCGCAGCCUCAAUACAGACAGCCCAGAAAGGAGGCGUAGGCCAGGCCAUGGGAGCCUCACCAAUAUUAGUAGGCAUGAGUCACUGAAGAAAAUUGACAGCCCUCCAAUUAGAAGAUCAACAUCAUCUGGCCAGUACCCGGUUUUCAAUGACCACAAACCACUUGACCCAGAGUCAAUUGCUCAGGAUAUUGAAGAAACAAUGAACACAGCUCUGAAUGAACUCCGGGAACUGGAACGUCAAAGCUCUGCCAAACAUGCCCCAGAUGUAGUGCUGGAUACCUUGGAACAAAUGAAGAAUUCUCCCUCCAGCACUACCUCCACAGAAUCAUUGAGCCCUCUCCACAAUGUCAUGUUAAGAAGCACUGAGCCUCAGAUUCGGCGUAGCACUAGCUCUUCCAGUGAUACCAUGAGUACCUUCAAGCCCAUGGUGGCACCCAGAAUGGGAGUGCAGCUGAAGCCACCUGCACUUCGGCCCAAACCCGUAGUUCUUCCAAAGACAAACCCAAGUAUAGCCCCUUCCUCUCCUUCUCAAGGUCCAGCAGACAAGUCUUGCACGAUGUGAACACCAAGCAACUCAUCUGACAAGCAUGGAGUGAAUUACCAAAAGAAUGGAUCACUGAUAGAAGUCUGGCUUCCAUCACGCCAUUAAUUUGUGUUCAUUAUGGGAGAGGUUUUGUUUUUCAUGUAAUGUCUUAAGCUACCUACAUUAUCAUGGGCAUUUAACAUAGGCUCAGUUUUUAAACUGGAGAUUCAGUGUGUUGUUUGAAAAUAACAGGAACACACACUUUUACUUGAAACUUCCACACUGCACCUUUUCUAAUAAAAGCACCACAAGUCACCGCCAGCAUCCCAUGUAGCUCAAUAAUUUACAUUGACUGUAGCUUUUGGACUUCAAAAGGAAUUCUUAUGAAUGGUUAUUUGAAAUGGAUUUGUUUUCUUCUAUACUACUGGGUCCAAUAUGAAUCAGGGUUUUUUUUAAUAAGGGAUGAAAGUUUGCAUCUUGAGAAUUAGUAAGGCUACCACCCUUUGUACACUUACCCAUGAGUUAGUGCCACUGAACACAAUGGAGCUUACUUCUGAGUAAGUAUGCGAAGGAUUGGAUGGUAAGUACCCUAUACAAAAUGAAUAGGGAAAGUAAAGUCAUCCUGACAUUUUCUUCAAGAUACUUGGUAUGUGUGUUGGCAGUGCUAGUACAACUCAUUGGCAGAAUAUGGGGAAUGAAUUUUCUUCUCAUACAAAUGCAGAUGGCAGCUCUCCAAAUCAAAAUUCAAGCGUGUUGGCAGCAUUCUAUAGGCAGUUUUUCCCAGACUAGUUGCUGGGGCUGGGAAUGAUGGGAAUUGCAGUCCAACACAUCUGGAGGUCACUAGGUUGGGGAAGGCUAUACUAUGGAAUAGUUUCUAAUUAAACCUUACUCUCAGGCUUAAUCCAUUGCAAUAAAGCUAAAAGUUUAGCCACUGGUUCUUUCAGAUAACUUUUCAGAAACAAUUCAUUACAAAAAAUUGUUUACAUUCCUACGAGCCAAUUGUUUGGAUGUCUCUACAGAUAGAAAGUCUUAGCUAACUUAAUGAUUUGUAACAAAACAUUCCUGGAAAGUUUGAAAGAAAAUGAGUAAGUUGUGAAACUUAAUAGUUUGAAGCUGCUGUAUCCUCAUGGUUAUGAAACACAAUACGUGCAAACAAAGGUGUGCCGUUUCUUGCAUUUUGUUUAUUAAAAUAAAUUGCUUAUUUCUUAACUGGAAUAGCUCCUUCUGUUGAGGCAAGAGACUGUUCAUGGGGCAAAGAUGUCAUUUUCUACUCUAAAAUCGGAAUAAAAUGUGUCAGAAUCACGUUUUCCCCAAAUUAGAACCUUUUUUCAUGUGUGUGUGAGUGAAAGCUAUGAACCUGCAUAGUGCUGCAUCAUUAGGACUUUUGUUGUUGUUACAUGUGAACUAAUUAUACAACUGUUUUGCACAAACUAACACUAAGCCAUAUCAUCUCUGUGAAUGUUUUUAUACGGUCACCUUCCCACUUCACAGGAGACUUUAUCUUAUAUUAUUAAUCAAGCAACCACUAAAGUAAAAUCAUAUAAAUUCUAAUUUUGGAGUGAAACACCAAUAGUGGGAAUAUAGUGAGGGGGAAGGGGAUAUUCAGCUGAUAUCCAUCAGCACGUGCAAAACUGGAUCCAAAUAAGGGAUUUCUUUUCCCAUAACACUUGCUAGAUAAUGAACUUGUCAUUCUUCCGGUUGAAUGCUUUUGUUUCAAUCCUUCACACCAUGUGGAAUCAAAUGGAAGACGACUAGUCUUGCGAUGAGAAUUGUUAGUGUGUGACAGUCUUAAGGGCAUUAUAGCCUAUUAUGAUGAUGUGUGACUGAUUUAUUCCCACUGCUGUUCACCUCAUUAUAUGGGAAUGCUAAAUCCGAUGAAACCUGGG